AUGGCUGAGACAGUCACAAUAUCUGUUGCUGAGUAUGAGUCGUUGCUCGAGACUCGGCGUCAGUUUCUUUCGCUGAAGCAGGCAUUGCUGGCCGGAGGAGUUACCACUGAGACAUUGGCCGUUCUGGUCAGUGGCAUUUGUCCGCCGACACCUCCAGAUGAAGACUCCAGUUCGAUCAACGUCCCCACCACCGAAUCGCCCCGAGAUGGAGCCUCAAGAUCAGUACCCAUUCCCAUCUCUCGACCUUGCCCUCCAGCCAACUCCUCAGAAGCCUCUACCCUAUGUCACCACGUCACUUAUAUGCAGACAAGCGUCAGGUCAAGUAUCAAUUCGCUUCUUACACCUGAGUGCACCGAGGUGGGUGAUCCGCAAGAGGAGAUCGGAUGGAUCUCAGGCGAGCAGACUCGUCAGGAGAUCAGGCCGACAAAACGGUCACUCACAAUUUCCGGGCUCUUGCCCAACGCGACACUCCACAGCCUCGCCCAGGCUCUCAAGGGUGGUCCGGUUUUGCAAAUGUUUCUGCGAACAUGGAAACGCUCCGCCCACGUGAUCGUGGAAUGGGAUGACCAACAAACUCGGAUGCAACCAAGCUUUACCCACAGCGUCCAGUCGCACGGUCGAACUCGCAACUUGGUGAUUCGCUUUGCUGGCCCGGGGGUCACUGCGGAUGGCAUUCGAGCAGAUCUCGAACACAUCCACUACUUGGAAAUAGUCGACCUCUUCUUCAGGAACGGCCAUGCCUACAUAUCACUCAACAGCAUCCGAUCGGCUCUCGCUGCGAGAAGCUGCAUGGUCUCACGCCUGAAGUAUAGGAAGUUCAAGAUUGAUUUCUAUCCCGAUGAAUGUGAUGAGCCGCUGCCGCCCGUGGACAUCAGCCUGCCGUAUAAGUCCAACCCCAUCAAGCGCACCAGAAUGUUGCACCGAAACCGCUUCGAACUGCUCUACAAUGGCUCAGAAGAGUCCCGAAACUCCUUCGACGCGACCGAGCUUUGA